AUGAGCGCAGCAUCGACACCGAGUGGGCCGCAGCCGAUCAUCUCGAAUCGGGAGGAGGAUACGCUUCGGAAGCAGGCGAAAGCCAAAGCUCUGUCCGAGUGUCGUGCGCAGAUGGAGGCGUUCGCACAAUGCACCCAGACCCGAACCAUCUCGAUGCUCUGGGCGUGCCGUGACCUGCGCAACGACCUCAGCAAAUGCCUUCUUGUCUAUACAUCUGAGGAAGCGUUCGAAAAGGACAAGCAGGCGUACCUCCAACAAUCACGUCCCGAUGCUCGAUCCAUCUAA